GUCUCUAAAUAGUAAAAAAAAAAACAAGUUAAAAAUAAUAAAUUCAUUUUUUCGUUUUUGAUAAAUUUUAAAACAAAUAUAUAAAUAUAUAUGAAAAUAUAUUAAUAAAAGUACACAGUAAAUUAUUAUUUACAUUGAUGUAGUACUAGUAUUCCAAAUAACAACUACGCAUUUAAAUAACAAAAGUGAUUUUUUUUAUUUGUAUUUUCUUUUAAAGACUAUUAAGCAGUAAAUUAGGCAGUAAAAUGUACUAAAAUAUAUGUACCACAAUGCCAAGUUUAAGACAAAGGGUAUCGACCCUUUUUCGUCAAUUGAGCUUCAUAGCAGAACCAAGGACAGAACGAAAUCAAGAGAAUAAUGCAUCUUUUAUAAAAAAAUACUUAGAGGGUAAUCUUCAAUUGCCUCAAGGACCUGAGAUUUUGAGUGCAAAAGAAGCUUUUGAACUGCCAGACAUUUUAUUGGAUUCUUAUGACACAGGAGUCGAGACCAUCAAGACUUCGUACACAGGACCGAAUGAUGGUUGCUGUAAAAUAAAGAGGGCUAAACUACACUUAAGUGCCGGACCAGAAAUUGAUUUUAUAGAUACGAUUGAAUCACAGGAAGACCUAAGACAAAUAGCUGCAUCAAAAUCUUUUAUCAAACAAUAUCAACGAUCCAACAGUGCAAAAUCAGACAAAAAUGCUAACAAUAAUGCAAAAGGUACAAAAUCAGAUUCUAGAUCAAACUCUAUGGUAAAUAGUCAGCUGGAUAUAUCUGACACACUGAAUAAGAAUUCGGGAAAUGACACAAAUUUUAUGCCAGAAGAAGAAGAAAUUUUUUCGCCUAUCCCAGGAGUUUCUAAUUGGAAAAAUUAUUCAGAUGAAUCAUAUGGUAUUGCUGUAUCAUUAUAUGAAACAAAUGUACUGACGAAAAAAAAUAUUGGAUCGCCAGUAGCUGAUUGUUUUGCUAUUGUGGGGAGAUCAAACGCCUCAGUAAUGGCAUUAGCUGACGGAGUUAAUUGGGGUGAAAACGCGAGGGUUGCUGCAACAGCAGCAGUGCAUGGAUGUGUAGAAUAUAUUGAUACUGCUAUUUUUGGAAAAGGAGCGUCAGGCAUAGCAACAUCAACCAGAGACGUUUUUAUAUCAUUAUUGCGAAGCUUUUGGGAAGCACAUGCUUGUAUUUUGGAAGUAAAUGGUGCUCUUACGACCUUAACUUGUGCUGUUGUGUUACCUUUGAAAGAACAAAAUAAAUUUUGUGUUUGUGCAAUCAAUGUCGGUGAUAGUUUUGGUUACGUCUAUAGCAAAAAGCACGGAGUGAGGGAAUUCACUCAAGGAUCACAUGAUACAAAAUCGAUGAGAAACAUGAGAGACGCUUUAGGCGCACUUGGACCUGUUGAUGGAAACAAACCUGAAUUGGGAAACUUGACUCUUAGUAUGACAGAAUGUGAGCCAGGUGACAUUGUGUUUUUAGCAAGUGAUGGUGUAACAGAUAAUUUUGAUCCUGUUGUCGGAAAAUUUGCUGAAGCUUUAACGGACAAUCAAUCAUCUCCACAAUCAACCACCACCACAACAACUGAUCCAAAAUUGGUAGGAAAAGGACAACAAAAGAACGCACCGCUUGUUUCAGUACAUUCAACAGCCCGUUUCAAAGAGACUACCUCUCAACGUCCUUCAGGAUCUCAAACAAAUAUCCCGACAGUACCAAUAAGACCUCCUCGACACAAAAAAUUCUCAAAUAUUCCGAAUGAAAACAAAAGUACUUCCGUCAUUUCUCAAGAAACACAAACACGUCCAAAAUAUCUACGAUCUCAAACUUUAAUUGAGCCACGACUUCGAACUGCAAGACCACUUACUUCUACAGUAUCUGCUCUUCAGGGUUCAAAAGUAACGCGUUUACCAAUGGUGACAGCAGAGCAAAGAUUUGUGCUUACUCUUUUAAGAUUUAAUGAUCUUUUUUUACAUGGCAUUAAUGGAACAUCUCAGUCUUAUAUUUCAGCCAGAAAAUUGUGUGAAACUCUUAUAGAAUUUGUGCAGACACUAACUACAGCAAAAAGAAAAUUGUUGGAACAACAUGAAAACUAUUAUAAAGUUGUGGUAAAUGAUCAAGGAUGUCGUAGAGAAAUAGAAAUGAGUAAAGGACAGCAACGUGCAGCACGAAAAAGAGUAGUAGAUGGAACAACAUUUACGAACCUGCCAGGGAAACUUGAUCAUGCAAGCGUUGUUGCUGGAGGAUUCCAAGAACACAAUGCGAUACACAAAAACUAUCAAUCUCAUUGAAUUAUACAGAAACCGAUUUUUGAAUACGAAGAAACUAUUGUCUACGUUUAAAAGUUUAAAAAAAAUAAUUUUAUCGCAAUUUUUUUUUAAUUCGAUUCAGUGUAUUUUGUUAACAAUAAUGUCGUCCGUCUACGUAUCGAAAUUUUGAAACCUUUACAUGCUUUACUUAUACACAUAUAUGAUCUCUGAGUAUUAAGUACUAUUCAAUAAUAUAUUAGAAGCUUUUUUAGCAUGAAUUUUAAAAUAAAAUUAAGAUUUUUCGUACUAUAAUAAUAUUUGC